ACAAUAAAAAAAAAAUGAAUGUAUUUUUUUAUAUAUUCUGUAGGUGAUGCUCUCAUCCUCAUCAUCAUGGUCACUACUCUCGCUCACUUGGCCAAAAUCACACUAAUUUCAAUUCAAAUUCCAAUGGCUCUCCGUCUCUGUAAUCCCAAUCCGCUUAGCUACUGUCAUUUCCCUCCAAUUUCACACAUACCGACUACCGCCACAACCAGAUUCUCAGUCCGGGGCUCCAUUUCCAACCACAAUGAUCCUCGCAAGCUAGUACUGGAAGUGAAAGAGAAGCUUGAGAAAGAUCAUCAUUAUCUUCCGGUUGGUGAAAAUGGGAGAGAUGAUGAAGAUAUGAUUUUCUGGUUCCUUAAAGACAGGAAAUUUUCUGUCGAAGAAACCGUGUCCAAACUGUCCAAAGCUAUUAAAUGGCGUCAAGAAUUUGGAGUGUCUCAAUUGACUGAAGAUUCUGUGAAAAGAAUGGCUGAGACUGGAAAAGGAUUCGUACAUGACUUUCUAGAUGUCAAUGAUAGACCUGUGCUCGUUGUGGUGGCAUCCAAGCAUAUUCCGUCUGAGCACGAUACAGUUGAGAAUGAGAGGCUCUGUGUGUUUUUGGUUGAAAAAGCAUUGAGUAAAUUACCACCAGGGAGAGAAGACAUACUUGGCAUACUUGAUCUUAGGGGCUUCGGUACAGAGAAUGCAGAAAUAAGAUUCUUAACAUUUUUGUUUGAUGUAUUCUACUAUUAUUAUCCUAAACGACUGGGUCAAGUUCUCUUCGUGGAUGCUCCCUUUGUGUUCCAACCAAUCUGGCAGCUUACAAAGCCCUUACUCAAAUCAUACUCAUCUCUGGCGAGAUUUUGUUCUGUGGAGACUGUGCGAAAGGAGUAUUUCAAAGAAGACACAUUGCCGGCUAACUUCAGAGCUGAGUAACAUUACUAUAUCACAUGGUAUAAUAGCAUUGAAUAUUUGAAAUAUUUGUUUCAGAUGGACCAAAAUUUGCAUAAUCUCAGUGAAGUAAUCAAACUAGAGAGUAAUACUCAGUAGUCAUUGAACAAACUAUUGUAGAUAUAUAGGAGAAUCUACAUAUCCUGGAGUUGGAGAAAAAUUGACCCACAUUUAUAUUUCAGAAUGAAAAUAAAAGUAUUCAUAAGUACUCAUAUUUUCUGACAGGACCAUCAGAAAACAACACCAAGUGCAUUUAUUUUUGAUGACUUUUAAUUGUGAUGACAACACCAAGAUGAGCAUCAUAAUAGGUUAAAAAUUGAAAAGAGAGGUAGCACAGGGCAAUCGGUAUUUAUGUACCUGUACAUUGUAAUGGUGUUGGAGACUGGAAUGAUAUAUAUUAUUUGCUAGAUUAUAACUUUUAUAC